GUAGAGGAAGAGGAGAAGAAGAAGGUAGAGGAAGAGGCCUAGGUAGAGGAAGAGGAGAAGGAGGAGAUAGAGGAAGAGGCCUAGGUAGAGGAAGAGGUAGAGAAGAACUUGAAGAGUUGACAGAACCUGAACAAAGAAGACGAGGACCAAAUUUGACUCAAGAAAUCCGUGCAACACUUAUUGACCAUGUUCUCAACCAUGGACUGACACUGAUGGAAGCUGGACAAAGAGUUCAACCAAAUCUCAGCAGAAAUACUGUUGCGUCAGUAAUUCGGACAUUUCAUCGAGAAAACAGGAUUGAGGGUCGAGGACACCAAGGUGGAAGGGGCCCUAUGUUCACCCGUGCACAAGAGGCCGCCAUAGUGAACAUGGUUGUGGCCAAUAAUUGUAUCAGGCUGCGAGAAAUCCAAGCCAAUAUCAUCAACGAUGACCGUAUUUUCAAUAACAUCCACCGAGUCUCUCUGUCAACAUUAGCUCGAAUCCUCAAGAAAAAGCAAGUACACAUGAAGCAACUAUAUCGGGUACCAUUUGACAGAAAUUCAGAGAGAGUGAAACAUCUGCGCUCUGAAUAUGUGGAGAGAGUCUUGCAAAUGGAUGCAGAACAAAUUCAGCAUGAAUUUAUAUAUGUGGAUGAGGCUGGAUUUAACCUUGCAAAAACACGAAGACGAGGGAGAAAUGUAAUUGGACACAGGGCAAUCACCAAUGUGCCAGGGCAGCGAGGGGGUAACAUCACCCUCUGCGCUGCUAUCACACAAAAUGGGGUCCUCCACCACCAUGCAAAUCUGGGACCCUAUAAUGCAAAUCUAAUACUUGCAUUUCUUGACAGAUUGCACGAGAUUGUCACAGCAUUACACAAAGUGGACCAGAUGCGGUACAUUGUCGUUUGGGACAAUGUCUCAUUCCAUCGGGCUGCUCUGGUCCAGAAUUGGUUCCAUGGUCACCCUGAUUUUGAAGUGUUAUACCUUCCCCCAUACUCCCCCUUCCUGAAUCCAAUCGAAGAGUUUUUUUCAGCGUGGCGGUGGAAGGUAUACGACCUGCGGCCCUAUGACCGUUUGCCCCUCAUUCAGGCCAUGGAGCAGGCAUGUGAUCAAAUCGACGCAGCUUCUGUGCAGGGGUGGAUUCGUCACUCAAGGCGAUUCUUCCAACGGUGCCUUGCAAAUGAAGACAUAGCCUGUGAUGUGGAUGAAAUCUUAUGGCCUGAUCCAGCCAGACGGAGAGAUGAGGAAUAGUUACAGUAUUUGUGUUGCUUUUUUUUCCAGAGUCAAACUGUAUGUACUUCAGGCAGUAAUUUUUAUUUGUCUACAGAUUUUAUUUGUUUCAUUGAUUUCAUUGUUGGUUGAUUACUGUAACUGAUUAUGGUAAGAAAUACUGUAUUUCUUGAAUUGAAAUAAAUACCGGUACUUGAAA